AUGGAACAAUAUGAGAAAGAAAGAAUGGACAAUAUGAGGGAAGAACCUAAUUGGGAAGAACAAAAUGGAGAUGAUGGAGAAGAGAAACCAAAAAGACCAGAGCGUAGGAGGGUUGAAGAUGAAGUGGACCCUGAGGAGAGGAGGUUGGUUAGACUUUUGAAGGCAGUACAAAACAAUGCAGGGAAAGGACAUGUGGAUGUACCUAUCUAUCAGGGAAAGAUAGAUAGUGAGGAAGUGUUGGGUUGGCUUGAUGCCUUGGAGAACUACUUUGAGUAUGAAGAGAAGGAGGAUGAUAAGAGGGUAAGGUUUGCAAAAACAAAACUUGGAAGUACUUCUUUGACUUGGUGGACAAGUUUACAAAAUGAUAGAAUGUCUAGGGGUUUGACAAGAAUCACACAGUGGGCAAGGAUGAAGAAUCUGAUCAAAGAACAAUUCUCGCCUUCAAAUUAUAGAAUACAUGUGAAGAGGAUGAGACAAAACUUGAAACAAAAAGACAUAGAUGUAAUGUCCUAUACUAAACAAUUUCAUAAAUUGAGUAUUAGAGGAGGAUAUGAGGAAGAAGAUGAGAAGGUAGCCAGAUAUGUCAAUGGCUUGAAGUAUCAUUUGCAAUAUGAGAUUGGUCUACAAGUGCCAAGGACCAUUGGUGAAUGUUUUCAAUUGGCUAUUAGAGUAGAAGAAAAGGUGAAGAGGAGACAAGAAAGGUCGGCAAGAGGAGGUAACUCAAAUAGAGGAAGAGGUGGAAGAGGUCAAGGACCAGGCAAUGAUGACAAAGGCAAGGAAUCAUUUUCAAAAUCAAGGGGUGGAUACAAUCAGAGAGGAGGAAGAGGAUUUGGUCAAGGAAGAGGCACAUUUAGAUGCUACAAUUGUAAUGAACCAAGGCACCCAUCAUUCAAAUGUCCUAAAUGA